AUCAUGGAAAAGUGGAUCUGCAACCAAAAGAGAGAGAAAAGGCCUUUUUAAUAUAAAAAUUUGUGGCGUCAAAGCGGUCAAAAAGAGAAAGGUGAUUGCAUAGAAAGGAUAAAGUGUUAUUGGGCUGAAACAAGGGUUACUGUUAUAAUCAUUGCUAUCAACUGCUUCUAUACAUCUUGAUACGCCAUCUUCAUCGGAUUAGAGUCACACCAGCUCAAUCAUGGUUCGAAAGGGAAGGAGAAGUCGUGGAAGCGGUGAAGGAACGUCAAACUCGUUAAUGCAACAAGGUAAAAAGUUUACAGAAGAAGAUAUUUCGGAUGAUGAAAUUGAUAGCUUUAAUGAUCAAAGAGAUGAAAUCAUUUUGAAUGGGAGAGAUAGGAAAUCAAAAAAUGCAACGAACAAUCAAGAUCCUUUUGAUGCUUUGGCUACGGGAUCAAGAAGCGUUUUGGAUGUGGAUGAAGGGGAAGAUAGCGAUGAUGAAGAUGGUCAAGACGUUCUAGCCGCUGAUAUCGCACCGAAGGAAAGACGAAAGAAAGAAUUCAAAAAGAAGCCUACAACACAAACACCUCUAGCAGAUGAUUCUAGUGAUGAUGAUGACGCAGCGGAAGAGGAAGAAGAGGAUCUACCCACAGGUGGCUGGGGUUCCAAUAAGAGAUCAUACUAUAACACGAACGAUUUGGACGAUCUGGAAUCCGAUUCAGAAAUGGAUGAAGAGGAAAUGCGUGCAAUGGAAGUACGUGAAGUGAAAAAGCUUCAAUCUCGUGCUCGUCAAGGUAUGGUGGAUGAUGAUUUCGGAUUGGGUGAUCAGAAUGCAAAUAUUGAAUCCGGUCAAGCGGCUCGUGAACAGAGAAAGCGGGAUCUGGAUGUGGACGUCACUAAAAUUGCACAAGCACAACCAGCUGUGCCCAUCAAUCCUGCCGAACUUAUAGCCAAAGUGCAAAGAGAAAAGCCAGAAUUGAUGGCUUUGAUUGGAGAAUAUGCAGAUAUGGUGGAUGAUAUGCACACAGCAUCCAAUCGAAUGAAGAAUCUACAGGAUACAAAUCCAGGACAUUCCAGUUUAGGCUUAUUGCAUUUGCAUCAUCAAACUUUGCUUUCCUACAUCACCUCUUUGGCAUUCUACUUCUACGUGAGCGCUUUGCGUACUGAUGACUCAAAGGUGAAGUCAACGAAUGCGUCUAAUUCAAUAAAGACACAGAUCAUCGAACGAUUGGCCAAGCUAAAGCAAGGUUUGUCUUCUUUAGAAGACUUUGGUUUAGGUUUGGAGGAAGAGGAAGCGUCGAUCGAAAUGGACGAUGAAGAAGAUGCGGAAGAAAAUGAUGAGAAUCAAGCGCCUCAAUUCUUAUUCAAACCAUACGGAGUCAUGUCAGCAGAUGGUGAUUCAGACGAUGGAAGUGUCUCUCUGGGCUCAUUGGAAGAGGAUGAGCUGAUGCAAUUGGAUGCAGAAGAACGCUCAGCAGAUGUGAGCGGACAAGAAGCCGCAAAAGCCAAAGUGGAAGACAGGAUACAGAAGCCAGAGAAAAAGCAGACAAAGCAAAAGAAGCAACAGACUAGCAUCCCACCACCUGCUCCUUUGGCUGGCUUGGCGGAUAUUUUGAACGAAGAAGGAGAUAUAUCCAAUGCUGGUCCACCUGCAAAGAGAAGAAAGCAAGCCGGACGAGUAGUCAAUUCAGCGUAUGAUGAGUAUAGUGAACCUACUGCAUUGAGUACGGUUGACGAAGCAGAAAAAGAUGCCAAACGGCGAUCACUCAAGUUCCACACUGGUCAUCUUGAUGCAUUGGAUUCGAGAAAGAAGAAUGCAAGACAAUUGGACGGAGAUGUGGAUAUACCUUAUCGUGAUAAAGAACGUAGUAGAUUGGCAGUUGCUUCUACAAAUGCCAAUAAAGCAGCCAAGGUGAACGGUGUUGAUGCUUCUCGUCGUCAAUUGGAUGCUGAUGACUUUGGUGAAGCAGACGCACGAGACUGGCGUGAUGUGAUGGAUGCAGAUGGCGAUCUUGGUGAAAAUGCAGGCGGACGAUCAGGAUUCUCGGCAAGUGGCAGUGGAGGCGAUGCAGAUUACUAUGAUUUGAUCACAAGUUCACGCAAAGCUGCCAAAGAAGCACAAAAAGAGCAUUACGAUCAACAGAGAGCGUCUGAAAGAUUUGUACCUGAUGAUGCAGGUCUUGAACCUGGAGAACAUCGAGCGAUCAAUAGACAAAUCGAAAAGAAUCGAGGAUUAACACAAAGACGACCAAAGACAGCGCGAAAUCCACGUGUUAAAAAACGACAAAGAUACGAACAAGCACAAAAGAAACUUUCAAGUCGCGGACCUGUUUACAAAGGUGGACAAUCUUCUUUACAAGGUGGUUAUGGAGGAGAAAAGAGUGGUAUUUCUACACAUGUUGUCAAAUCCAGACAAUUUGCUUAAAACAAUAAAAAUCAUUUGUAUCUUACACACAUAUAUCAAAAUAGUAAUCUUAUCUUACAUAAUAAA